CAUUUCAUUAGACGCCGCAUCUUUAGAAGCAGGCUAUGUUUUGGCAUUUCAAUCGUUCUACUUGUUAAUCGAACUUUUUUAAUACACACUUUAAACUACUAAACUGCACUACUCUCCGAGAAUGGUGAACAUUCACGGCGGCACCCGGAUGAUGGUUAACCGCUGCAUCGAGCUGCUCCGGGCCCGGAUAGAGUGCGCCUCGACGCGGCACAUCGCCAGGCGGCACCAGCUGCCCCGGGCCCAAGGCCAGGUGUACAGCCACUACCUGCCCGUGGAGCAGGUGGUCCGGGAGCGGGAGAAGACGGACGUCUACAAGAAGAACAAGCGCCGGUCCAUGUGGGAGCAGGACGAGGGCCACGGCGGUCGAAACUCCGGACGGGACGACCAGGAGCGCUUCGAUGACGAGCAGUAUCGACCGCAGGAACUGGAAGAGCGCAUCUACGACCGCACCUGGUCCAAUUUCCCGGAGAGUGUAGUGGCCAAGAAAAACCGCAGAAGAAGGGACAUCGAAGUGAUCGUUGACGAACCGCCCCGACGUCGCAAAGCUCAGGAAGAACGGCCGAAUACGGCCAAACCCUGUGAUGACGAAGCCCGUGCCUUUAUCAGCCAGUGGGACAGCAAUGCGGCCAUGAUCAAUCGCAACCGAUUUGCCAGGCCCUCCGACAGCUGUCCGCCCCCAACUGUAUCUCCUCGAAUGUCAAACGCAUAUCAGACCCGGAAUCGGCAGUUCUUCUACUAGUCUCGGCAUUACCCGACAGUAUCCGCAUCAGAAAUUCAAACAAUUGUACUUCUUAGUGGCCUGAUCAAAUUGUUAGUGUGCAAGGCAUGCGAUUUUAAAGCGUCAAAAUCCGAAAACGUAUUGUAUUGUUGUGUGGUUGUAGCCCAGAUGUGAUUUCCAUAUCGAAAUAAAUUAUCAAAAUUAA